GGAACACGCUUAUUCCGUGAAUGUGCAUUAUUAAUUGUAAUAACAAAAGCAAUGGAAGUCGAAUACGAAGAUUCUGGCUGGCAGGGCCGUACAAAACAGCAAAACGCUACUGACGCUACGGAAGUGCAGCAGGAAGAUAAUCCUCAAAAGACGAUACAAGAAUGUUUGGAGAAAUUCUUAACCCCGGAUUAUAUUAUGGAGCCGGGAAUUUUUACCCAGCUGAAAAGAUACUUUCAGUCCGGUGGCUCACCGGAGGAGGUUAUUUCGAUGCUAUCGGAGAACUACAAAGCCGUAGCGCAAAUGGCCAAUCUCCUUGCCGAAUGGCUCAUCUUAGCCGGCGUAAAGGUGACCGAAGUGCAGGCUAUGGUGGAGAAUCAUUUAAAGGAAAUGAUACUCAAGUCAUUUGACCCCAAAAAGGCGGACACUAUAUUCACCGAGGAGGGUGAAACGCCAGACUGGCUAACUGAGAUGAUUGACCACUAUACAUGGCGUUCACUCAUCUAUCGUUUGGCUGAAGAAUAUCCCGAUUGUUUAAUGUUAAAUUUUACAAUAAAACUAAUAUCGGAUGCGGGCUUCCAAAGUGAAAUUACCUCAAUAUCUACGGCGGCGCAGCAAAUUGAAGUCUUCUCUCGUGUUCUCAAGACAUCGAUUGUGAAAUUUCUCAACAAUCCAGAUGACGUGCAUAGUGCUAUACAGGAAUGUGCACGCAUGGUAUGCCAUGGUCAGCAUACCUAUGUCUACUCUCAGGUACUUAUCCAGGUGUUAAGUCAAGAGCAGAAGGGCGGCUUCAAUAUGAAGCGUUUGUCACAGGAAAUUAUAAAAUAUGCGCUACAAAACAAUCAGAAUGUUACACCUAUAACCAUGGCCUUGAACGGUUCUGCUGUGUAUCCUCAGGCUUGUCAAGCACUUACCUCAAUGCUUACACGCAAUACUUUGAAUCCGGCGGACAUCACAGUACUCUUUCGCAAUUAUUCCGGUGCGGAUCCGCCACCAAUUGACCUCAUACGUAAUCCGCAAUUUCUGGAGCUACUGGUGGAUGCGCUCUUUCGUUCCGGAGUGAAAAUCAAUCCGGAGCACAAGCCCAAGUAUAUCUUUCUGUUGGCGUAUGCAGCAGCCGUCAUUGAUCAGCCGGCGAAAAAGCGACCGCUUACCGAACGCAACCUCAACAAGGAUGAACUGAAGAGCACAGUGCAGGCAAUAGAGAGAGCGCACGCCAUUUGCAAUGUAGAUCAGGGCUCUACGGAGCUCAUUGCCGAACUGCAGACACUCUACAAUUGCAUCAAAUUUCCUGUUGUGGGCGUUGGUGUAAUACGCUGGAUAGAGAACGUUGUUAUGGAACCAUCCUAUUUUAAACUCUCAACGGACAGUUGUCCUACACAUUUGGCCGUAUUGGAUGAAGUCGCUGGCGUGCAUCCCACGCUGCAGCAACAAAUUUUGUUUCUGCUCAUACGUCUUUUUGAGUCGAAGCAGGACGACUUGGAGAUUUUAGUGCAGCUGGAGAUGAAGAAAAUGAUAUUAGAUCGUAUGGUUAAUCUGUUGACACGCGGUUGUGUAGUGCCCGUAUUGCGUUAUGUUAAACAAUGUUGUGCUAUUGAAGAUACUGAUGUAUCGCUUAUACGCUAUUUUGUUACGGAGGUUCUUGAGACAAUAACGCAUCCGUAUUCACCUGAAUUUGUGCAACUUUUUUUGCCUAUGGUUGAGAAUGAGGAAAUAACAGGCACUAUGCGUGGCGAGGGUGAUAACGAUCCCGUUUCUGAGUUCAUUGUUCAUUGCAAGGCGCAUUAUACAACCGUAUAGCAUACACUAUAUUUUUUUAAAUUCUAUUUUUUUUUAGCAAUAUAAGCACAAAGAAAGCGUAUUUUAAGACAAUAUUUCAUGUUCAUAUAUUAUAUAUAUACAAAGAAUGCCAAACAGUAAAGUCCCGUUUACAAUUUUCAUAUACAAGUUGCAAAAAAAAAUAAAAACACGUGUUGUCUCUUUCUUACUAACACUUGGUGAAAAUGGAGAGUAACGGCACUUGAAGUGAAACUAGCCGAAAACGAAGCGUAAAUUUCAAUACGAGCAUGACGCAUAUAAAGUUUACGCUUU